AUGAAGACCAAGAACAAAAUCAAGAAGAGAGGAUCAAUCACGGAAGCUUUUUAUGGGUUCAUAAGCAAAACUAUGUGGGAUCUUAAACUUCCUCCCAAGAUUAAGGUCUUUACUUGGCGGCUUUUUAUUGACCGGCUUCCUACUAGAGAUAAUUUGUUGAAAAGAGGUGUGACUAGUGUUGUGUGUCCGAAUUGUGUGAUGUGCGGCUCCUCUCUUGAAUCUUCUUCCCAUUUAUUCUUUUUUUGUCAAGAGGUGAAAGCGGUUUGGAACUAUAUAUUCUCGUGGCUUGAUAUAGCGGAGGAGAUUACUGUGGAUGAUUUUCUUAGGUUCGAAGUCAUCCAAGAAAAGGCGUUAGGUGGCAAGCGUAGAAUUGCGAUCAAUUUUGUUUGGAUAGCUACUCUUUGGUGUAUUUGGCUUAUGAGAAAUGCCAUGAUUUUUAGGGGGGAGAUUUUUAGUUUUGAGGUGGUGUGUACUAACAUUGUGUUUCUUUCUUGGAGAUGGUUAGGUUGUGGAUAUACGAAGUUUAAACCAAACUACUACGAAUGGUUUAAACUUCCUUUAUUCGAAUAUCGUAUACCAUAG